CUCAAGAGUGGCAAACUGUUGAAGGAGUUCAAGGGUCACACCUCCUUCGUCAACGAAGUUAUCUAUAGCUUCGAUGGACACCAACUCAUAAGCGCCAGUUCCGACGGAACCAUCAAAAUAUGGAGUCUGAAGACAACGGAGUGUUUGCAUACGUUUAAGUCGACCGCUAUAGUGAGCACCGGGACUGUCGACUUAACUGUCAAUUCAAUUCAAUUGCUGCCUAAAAAUCCAGAAAAUUUUCUGGUCUGCAGUCGUAGUAAUACAUUGAGUAUUAUGAAUACGUCGGGACAGAUCGUAAAGAGCUUUACAAACGGCAAACUCGAAAGCGGAGACUUCGUGUGCUGUCGGGUGAGUCCGAGAGGGGAGUGGGUGUACGCCGUGGCCGACGACUACAAUCUGUACUGCUUUAACGCCAACACAACAAAACUGGAGAAAAUACUGCCCGUCCACGAGAAGGACGUCAUAGGACUGACCCAUCAUCCGCACCAGAAUCUGAUCGCCACAUACAGUGAAGAGGGUUUACUCAAGAUAUGGAAGCCUUGAGUGGGUCUCCGGUUAACUAUUCAAAUGUAUUUCACUUUUCGUUUCAUC